AUGGCUCCCAUCAUAGAUAUGCUCACGGACAUCGUUCCUACCAAAACCAAGUGGGCAUUCCGUGUUCGCGUUGUUCGACUUUGGGAAAAUCUUACGUUUGGAAAAUCCGACGACAUUUACAGCUUGGAGAUGGUAUUGAUCGACAGAGAUGGCACUAGAAUUCAUGCAUCGGUUAAACGCAACUUGAUCAAGACAUUCAAGCCCAUCAUCCGUGAAGGAGUCUUAUAUGUUAUGCGUGACUUCGUUAUUGGUUACAACAAUUCAAAGUACAAAGCUUCGAGUCACAGAUACAAGCUGAAUUUCAUGAUGAAGACAUACGUCAAUGAAGUUGAAGAUAGUAGCUUUCCAUCCCAUAUUUAUGAUUUUAUUCCGUUUGCUGAUCUGUUGUCGGCUUCUGAAAUAGAUGAAAACAAGUUGAUUGAUGUAAUUGGAGAAGUUGUUGGCAAGGAUACAGUCCGCUCAAAGGAAAUCUCUGGGAGAAGUACAAGAAUGAUUGAUAUUUUACUACAAGAUACUGAGAAUAAUCGGUUGUCCUGCACCAUCUGGGGUGAGCAGGCUGAUGAGCUUGGCAACGUCCUGAAUACUGAAAAUCCAGAACCAGCCAUAUUAUUACUUCAGAUGUGUCGAGCUAAAAAGUUUAGAGGUGAGGUGAGGAUAUGUAACACAUAUCAUGUGACGAAAUUAUGUGUCAACGCCCAGCUUGCGGAAGUUCAGGCUUUCCGAGAUAAGUUGUUUACUGGAAACGAGAAUUUGACCCAGAGGAUAAGUCAGAUAUCCUCGAGUUCUGUUUGUGAUGUGUCAGAUGACUUAGCAGGUGGAGGUUGCGAUGUCAAGAGUAUUGAUCAACUACUGGAUUCGUCUGAGGUUGGUCAUUGUUGGAUUUAUGCUACUAUUGUGGCUGUUGAGAAUGAUCGGAAUUGGUGUUAUCUUUCGUGUAAGAAGUGCCUGAAAAAGGUUAACCCUAUAGAGACCAGAUUCCAUUGUGAGAAGUGUGAUAGUUUCAGCUCAGAUGGAAUUCUUAGGUUUAAGGUUCAAUUGAUGGUAAUAGAUGGAACGGGUAGUGCAUCUUUUCUGAUGUGGGAUCGUGAAAGCUUACAACUUAUAGGGAAGACUGCUGCUACUCUAAAUGAAGAUAUGGUUCAGAAUGCGGAAGAUUUGUCUUACCCGAACGAUAUCGAAGCAUUGGUUGACAGGAAAAUACUGUUUAAAGUUCAAGUUAAACAACAAAACAUCGAGCAGCGCAGUGAUAUAUUUACUGUGAUGAGGUUAACCGCUGAUGAUUCUUUAAUAUCGAAGUAUGUUAUAUUUCCGAACGUAGAAAGCCAGGGUUCUGAUAUGUUUUUGAAGUCUGACAAGAAUGCCAACGAGGAGCUAAAUGAUUCUACAUCUGAUACAUCUGAUAACAAGGAUAACACGCCGACCAAGCCGCAUCAGAAGCCGCUUUCCUUGGACAAGCUCGAACCCAGUAAUGCACUUCUUGGAAAAACUACAUAUGUUCACUGUAAAGCUGGUCGAGGCCGCAGCACUACGAUUGUCAUCUGUUACCUGGUUAAGUACAAUCAGAUGAUCCCUGAGGCUGCAUACGAAUACGUGAGGUCCAUUAGGCCAAGGGUGCUGUUGGCCUCUUCCCAGUGGCAGAUUCUAAUAAAUCAUCAAACUCGUCAUCAUUCUCAUGGGUUUUGUUUCUUAAAUGAUGAUAAUCAAGAUAACCAUAUUUUUCGAGUGUCCUUCACACCACUUCAAAAUGGCAGAACCAUAAUAUCACGUACAUCAUUACAUGUGCUGCCCUCUGGAAAGCACAUAAUACGUAAUGGUGUCUCUGAAAGUUCUACAAACUCACAGUCAGUUUGUUCUGACGACGAAACUCUAUCAGUUAAUCUACAAGGGACGUCUGUGAACUUAAUGAGUGAAAAUACUCAAGCUCAGAAUAAUAAGAACAGUCACACGGGUACUGCUCCAGUUCGCUCACGAACACCAUUGAGCAAUGUUACGAAUGGUUUUCGGGACAUAUCUAAUUCUAUAGCGCAUGCAAAUAAACGUAGAAGAGUGCGUCAUCUUUCUACGUUCGGAAAACACAGAAUGCACGACGGUCUAAUUGAGAAACUUAGUUUUGAUUUGAGUGAUGUAGACGAUGCUGCAUCUGGAAAUGAUUUGAAGAGAGGUGAUUUUCUUUCGUUUUCUUCAUAA